GGCGGCUUCAGCGUGCUGUGUCGACAAAAUUUUAAUUCGCUAAAAAUUCCUCUUUUACUUUCAACGAAAUCACGCAAGUGAUAGUAAACUUACAGUUAAAAUCAAUUUUAGUCAUGACAGAUUCUGUGGUUCUAGAUAAGAGCGAUUCGCAGACAACUCCUCGUGUUGGCGAGAAGGUAUUUUGCUGUCAUUAAGCUUCAUCGUAGUAAGGUAGUCUGGUUUAAUUCUUUCCUAAGGAAGCAAUUUGCAAAGAUUUCGUCUAAAGUUGGACUUUAUUGUAGGUAGAAUCGGAGGGACAAACAACGCUCUCCACCGUAGAAGAGGACGCGGUUCUAGAAGGUUAGAAUUGUUAUUAUGCUUGAUAGACACUUCGAACGCUACGCAGUUAAGUAACUGACGCGAUCAAACGUUCUUGAAUGUCAAGUUCGAACACUUGUGACACUUUUUAUAUUUUUAUUUUCAUUUUGGGUGUAGAUAUUCCAACUGGAAUAAGAGCACAGUCUUAAAACAUUUUGGAAGUUUUUAUUUCAAAUCUGGUUUUCAUUUCUUUUGUUCUCAGUUUGCUUGUCUCUGUGAUUCAUAGUUUGUUUGCUCGUUUGGUCUAUCAGCAUUCAACUUUCAAACUCUUUAAUAAGUGGAGGUGACUGAUCUUUUAUGAAGUUUUUAUCUGAGUCAAAGUAACUGUGAUGAAUAAUUUUGCUCUUGAAAUGUUAGUGAUCAUCCUUGAAGUGAUUUCAUUGGGAUAAAAAUAUCUAUAUAUUCACUCAUGCAAGUUUCAUUUAAAUUAACCUUUUUACUCCCUAUAAAUAUCAGUUCUACCCACUUUCUACCAUACAUUUCUUAUUAUUUGAGCCCUGAGAAUUUAGAAUUAAAUCCAACAAUGUCCUUGAUACAUUUUUUCUUGAAACUUUUUUACUGACAACACAUUGACAAUGUAAGGAGAAAUGUCAUGUUUGUCACCCCUGAAAGUGAAAAUAUUUGGUUUAGUUGGUCAGAUACCUAAUGAAAAGCCACGCACUAAUCAGGAGGAUAACAAGGUGAAGCCUGAACAUAAUGCAAAGCCUGAACAUAAUAAGGAUGGAAAAGCAAAUGAUAAGCCUGGAGCUGUUGCUGGUAGUGAAGAUGUGGAAGAAGAUGGUUCAGAUGAGGAAAGUGAGGAGGAAAGUGAAGGGGAAACAGACAGUGAUGAAUACACAACGGGGACAGAGUCUUCAGGGUCUCACUCUGAGCACAGCGCCAGUGACAAAGAGGUAAGUUGAUUUUGUAUUUGUGAGACCCAAAGCUGUAUAUAUCAGUAUGCAUAUUCUCUAAACUGUUCUCUAUACAUUCCUUAAGGUACAGAUGAGGAGAAUUUUUGUAUUAAUCAGGAGCUUCUUUAGUUGGUGAUCAUCUCCUCUAUUCUCAUGACUUAUAUGUGUGAUUCAGGGCUGAUAGUGUGAGGAGAAAUUAAAUGCUGAUCACUCCAAGGAGUCAAAGGGUUAAUGAAUAACCUUUGAUAAUUUUUUCAUUUUCCUGGCCAUAGUUCAAUGGCCAUAGUGAUUUCAAUCUGGUUACAAUUUUUUUCUGGCUCAAACCUUUUUGAACCAGUUUAACUUUACUUCCUUUCAUGUUUGUUUUGUUGCUCUAUUGGAUUUUCUGGAAGGACAGAAAAUGAAAAUCAAGCUAGUUCUUCGACAAAGAUAAAUUUAAACCACAAAAUAUUAUACAAUAACCUGAACUUUCACAGUUGCACUAAGAAUUUGUUGUUCUGUUUUGGGACUUGCUGAAUGUUUAUUUUACUGAAGAAGAAGUUAUUUCCUAAAUUGAAAAAAUGUGAAAACGAUAAGUUAUCUUGCUCAUUAACCACACUGGUGUGCUUUGGCUAUAAAGAGGAAGCAAUCAUUUUUUAAUCAUGAUCCAUAGCUUAUAAGAAUUUUUUUGAAACCACUGGAGCAAGGCCUUGUUAAUUCUUUGGUUAAAAUCAAUUUUUGUUCAUCAACUUUACUAUUUUUGUGAUUCAAUAAAGCAAAGUGAAGAGGAGGCAGGAGUACAUGAUGAAGAAUACAAAAGAGUUGGUGAAGACAAAGACAUUGAAGUAAAAGAAGAGGAAGACAAAAUGGGAAAUGAGCAGGAAGAAAGUAAAAAUAAAGUGAAUGCAAGAGAAAGAGGGGAUGGACAGGUGAGACACUUGAGCAAGCAUACAUGACACAUCUAUUCAGAAUCCAGAGGAGGUCUGAUUUACAAAUAGAUUCUAUGUUGCCAUGUGUCUGUCUGGUAAUAGAUCACAAAUGACAUCAAAAUGCAGUGACAAACAAAAAAAAAAUUGGCGCACAAGGUGCAGCCAAGUGUGUUACUGAUGUUCUUACCACUUUUGGAUGUCUUCUGUGAUCCAUUACUGAACAGACCCACAGCAACUCAGAAUCAAUUUGUUUAUGUGAUGCAGAAGCAAAAGAACUAUUAAUAAUGACAUCAUCUAUGUGUUUGUAUGUAAGAACCAAUUGAAAGGCCUGAAUGAUUCAGCUUAUUACUUUAAAAGUACUGUAAUUACUCGUGUAUAAGCUGCACUUGUGUAUAAGCCGCAAGUAUAAGUAAUCACACAUGUAGUGUAGCAUAACACUUCACCCUUAGUAAGAAUCAUUCAAAAGGCUUGGAUAAUUCAGCUUAUUGCUCUAAAAGUACCAUAAUAACUCAUGUAUAGGCCACGCUUGUGUAUAAGCUGCACAUAUAAGUAAUCACUCGUGUAGUGUAGCAUACACUUCAGCCUUAAACUCCCAUGACUGACUAAGACAGAAUUUCUCCUUUUUCGAUACAAUAUUAAGCAGAAAGAUAAGUGCAAGCAAGAAUAGUAGGGAAUUAUUAGUUGACCCAAUACCAAAUUCUCCAAACUUACAUCAAGGUAGAAGGUUUGGAUUAUUUGUAAUGAAGUCUUUGGAGAGAAAGGGUUAGUAUUUUGCAAAAAAAGUUAUGAAAUUUUAAGGUUUUUUAAUCAGUUUCAAGCAUGUACAAGAAUACUUUGGUUCCAGAAAUCAGCAAGCCAAUUUCUUUGAAGUUGGCUAACCUCUAAUUAAUUUCUGAUGCAGAGAGGUAAUAACGCUUAUCAUGCCAAUUUUAUAACUUAUAAAAAAAAAAAUGGUGUAAAUUUGGACCUAACUUAGUUUCCAAGCAAACCUGUCAAUAAGUGAUGUAAAUGGAAUGACAGUUGAAUUCUUUCUUCAGGAGGCAGAAGAAGAAAAGAACAACCCAGCUUUUAUUCCACGUAGAGAUGCCUUUUGGGGGCAUGACGACAGAUGGACUGACACACCUGAUGAAGAAAGGUCCAUAGUGCUCUCAUGACUUUAUUUAUAUUAUUGAUCUAUUUAUUACAGUCAUGUGAUUCUGUGAGUUUGUAUUUGACAAGCACUCUAAUGGUCGUGUUCCUGCGGUCUUGGUUUGAAGCUUAACAGAUUCACAUCAAUGUUUUUUUUUGAUUUACUUUUGUUUUUUUAACACCACAACAUCCCAUUAAUUUUUUUUUUCCUUGAUCGACAAUUUUAACUGAGAAUAACCUAUCUAUGUCAAAAAAAAGCUUUUAAAUUUUUACAUUCUUGACCACACAAAAAGUAUCUCAGACUACAAGAUACUGCAGGGGUACCAAUAAAAAAAUUGCUGGUAGAUAAAAAUCUUACUAUGUUAAGAUAAGUGUAAAAUAGAAUAAACAAUUAGGAUGCUGAGUUUUUCAAUGGUUACUUGUCAAUAUAAUAUGUGGUUUUACAAUGUUUAACAGACAGGGUUGUAGAUAAUAGCCGGCAGCCGGCGAAGUACGCCGGCUUCUCUGCAAGGUUUCGCUGGCUACUCUCAUUGCUUCGAGUACAGAGAUGAAGUUUAUCAGGUCUAAACUUGGGCUCAAUAAAAAUAUAAAUUUGCACUGCCUAUCUUUUCUGAAAACAUAAAAUGACUUCUGACUCAAAGUCAGUUUAAAAACGUUCUGAUAGGGACUGUCUUUUUGAAAGUACAAAUGAUAUGACGUUUCGUCCGCCAUAUCGGAUUUCGAGAUAUGAAUACCGUUUACCGUUUACCUUUAAAAGAGCUCCGGUUACUUAAAACCUUAAAGAAAACCCUGAACAGAUGAUUUGAAGUCAAUAAAUUUUUAUUUUUAUAUUAACAGAAGGAAACCAACAACAAGACAGUUGUGGGACAAAACAACUGACCGUUGGGAACAUGACAUGUACAGGGAAGAUGAACAGGGACCCAAAACUAGAGAAGAAAUAGAGGUAAGGAUACAAAUCAUAGCAAAAGUCAAUUUUAUUACGUUUGACGUUUAGAUAAUGCAUGUUAGUUAUGUUGCUUCUUUCUGAAUGUUUUGCAAUUGCAGGGUUUUGGCGUCGUCUAAGAUUGGCUAACAACUUCCAUUGAUUUUAUGUGAGAGAUUUGAAUUCCACAGGCUAAGUGAAUUGCUGAGGGUUAGCUCACUUGCGGCUUAGUGCCAUGUGAAGAUUGGAACAAUUUGAUUGAACGACAUGAGUUACUUAAAUCAGAACUGUGAGCCAUUCAAUGGGUGUAGGUUUUAUUAGACACUGGAUUUUAUUAUGUUGAGAAAAAACUAUUCAUUCCUACGCUGCAUCAAACGCACUUAACUAAUCCGUGAGUUUGACUAGUUUGAUAAAAAAGCGUUUAAAAUAAUAAGUUGAAAGUAGUAAAAGUAUUACGAAGUUUACAUUUGAGCCCUGAAUACACUUUAUGAAACCAUCCAUGUUGGGUGAAUUUUAAAGUUUGGCAGAAUGAUACUGUAAAAAAAUUGCUUGUAAAUUAUAUUUGGAGCUUUUAAAACUAAGACUGAAUAGCAUUUUUCUUCUUUUUAAAAUGGUAGGAAACAAAACGCUGGCUGGAUGGAAGCGGUGGACGUCCUGGGCGGAGGAGGUAUGAUCUUGAGGAAUUUGUCAGAGGUGGGGGCAGACGGGGGGGCAGAGGGGGCAGAGGGGGCAGAGGUGGAAGAGGAAGAUUGGGGAGAAUGAGAAUGGAUGAAGAAGAAUUCCAGGAAAAUGAAAGAAAUAAAGAAAACCGAGUUCCUGAGCAACGAAGAAGGAGAAGACAGACUUCGGAAAAUUCUGAAGAGGACGGGGAGAGUCGAAGAGGGGGAUUUGGACGGCGCGGGAGAAAUACGGGACGGCGGAAUAAAUAUGAGGAUUAUGAUGGAAAUGAUGCUGAAGACAGGGAAGACAGAGAUAGGAGGUCAGAUAGACGGAGAAACUGGGGCGAGGAUCGUGAAGAGAUUGAAGAGAGACCUCAAAGGAGAAAUGAGAGAAAUCGCAGGCAAAGGAGGGAUGAUGAUGAUGAUCAGGAAUACGAUGAUACACGAAGACGUGAUCGUGAUAACAGAGGUGAGCGAUAUGACGACAGGAGGAGACGGGAUUUUGAUCGAAGGCCUGAUCGUGAGCAGGAGGCAAGGGUGAAAAACAGAGAUCAGAGACCACCUAGAAGAAGAGAUGAUGAAGAAAGACGAGACAAUCAAGACGAACAGGGAGGAAGCCGGAAGGGAUUUGGUGACAGGAACAGAGGAGGUUCAAGGGUGGACAGGAGGCAGAACGAGCAUGAUGGAGAGGGACAGAAACGACAAAGCGGAGGUUUUGGGAGUGCACAAAAAGACAGGUGAAGUGUAAAUCUUUAGAUACAACAUUGUGUUUACACUGUGCUGUUAGUGACGUUUUUCCUCGUUUACUGCCGGAAAGCGUAGCGACAUAUAACUGAUUUGUCAUUUUUUUACUCAGUCGUUGAUCAAUCCACGUAAAUAGCUGUUGUUAGAUGUGAUGUAAGAACAGGACACGGAGAUGAUUGUACUUUUGAUCUUUUAACAAAAUUAAACCAAUGAUAGACUGAAUAUGGAAAAAAAAAACUCAUGAAAAGUGUAUUGAACCAGGAGGGUUUAAGAACAAGAGUAUAAUAAAGUAAGUUGUAAUGGUAUGCAUGUUUGCUUUCUACAUCUGGAGGUAAUUUUAACACGUACCUCUCUUUUCCUUGACCUCCUCUAGAAGUAAGAACGAUUCAAGGGAAGCAAGAUCUAAAAAAGCUCCAAGAGAUGACAUUCAAAAUAAUGAGGAAGAGAAACAUUCAAGAGAGGAACAAGCCAAGCCGUCCUCUGCAACUCACAGCUACAGUAAACUCCGAGGCAGAGGACGAGGGAGAGGCCAGACGCAGGAGCUGAAGAAACCAAGAAAGAAUGCUGCAGAUUUCACCCGUGAAAGAGAGGAAGCCAAAAUGAAGGAAGAACAGGAGAGGAGAAAAAAAGCUGCAGAAGAUGAACACUUUGAAGGUGAGCAAGAGUCUGCAAGAGUUUUCUUAUGUACUUCCUGGAUUUUUUAAAAACACCUCAGUUUAGAUGUCAUAAAUAGCAACACUUAAUUGUCAAGGUGGUAUUUAGCGAGCGAAGUAGCUUAGUACUCUCCUUGAGUAGUUAAGGAUGCUUGGCACCAGGCCACCGAGUCUCUCACUCCACUCAAGAGUACAUCCCAAUUUUUAAGAUGCCGUCUUUGCUUUAAGAUGCUGAAGAAAAUGAUGGAGAUGUGAUAAUCGAAGAGGAUUAUGAAGAAGAUGUUGAAGAUGGGGUUUUAGAUCAUGAGCAGCCGGAAGAGUUGGAAGAUGAAGGCGAGGAAGAUGAAGAGGUGAGUUACACGUUAACCCUUUUAAUCCCAAGAUCUCAAUAGCAAUUCUCCUUACUGGCUGCCAUACAAUUCUUCUGAUGUUAGUUUGGAGAAUUUGGUCUUGGAUAAACUAAUCAUCCCCUGAUUGAUAUUUGUGUUUAUUCUCAUCACUUGUCUUCGUGAUAUUGUAUUGAAAUUGUAAGGAGAGAUUCUGUCUCGGUCACUUAUGGGAAUUAAAGGGUUGAUCGAUCUUUUGAGAUAUGAUAGGCGCGGAUGUUUUACAAGUUGCGUAACGACGGGCAAAAUUUGUGUUCAUGUUUUAUGUCAAACCGUCGAUUUAGGAAUUUAUUAAUCCACUAUUGAUUCAUUUUUUGAAUAUUGCUUUUACUUUUUGAAAUGCAUCCUAUGGCGCCAUAUGAGAAUUGUAUUGAUCGCACAACAUGUGCUCGAAAGACCAAAACAACACAAACGAAAUCAAUUUAAUGUCUUAUGACAAACAAAAGAACCUGUUCCACUUAAAAGUGUGACGCUUGAAUAGUGAAGCCUAAGUGAGGCAGACAAAUAAAAGUUUGGAUCGGUAAGUACAGCAAUUUAUUUUGCUGCUCCGCUUUCCGUCCGAAUUUUUUUCACUGUCGUUUUACUAGUGUGGCAUGUUAAGCGCGUUCUGUUGCUUUAUUGCGGUAAAAUGACGUAACAGAGGAAUAAUACUGUUUGAUACUUUUUAUCAGAGGUAGUAAUCAGCAGUUCUAAUUGUUGUAUGGGGUGACCAUUUCUUUACGCAGGUUGUUGAAGAGAAUGGUACAGCUUAUGUUGAAACAGAGCAAACAAGUGAGUUGUAAUUUCAAGUAAAGGGUUCUCUGGCUUUAUGCAUGGUUGAUGAGUUGUAACAAACUUACUGGCUGACUGACUGACUUGCUGACUGACCGACUCGCAGACUGGCUGACGGACAGACUAACUGACUGACCGCUUCACCGAAUGACUGACUGACAGACUGACCAACCGUCUCACUGUCUGAUUGACAGACGGACAGACUGGUUGUCUGACGGACUUCGUGGCUUACAGACUAACUGACUGACUAAUUACCGCAUUGAUUUACUGACCAUUUGACUGAAAAACUGUUUGACUCACUGGCUGACUGACUGACUGACUGACUGGCAUUCACCAGUUUUCAGUUAUCUUUUGCGGUUUUGUGGUUCUUUUCUAAAUGAAUGUUGGUGUACAACUUGGGUUGCACAUUGAGUUUGUGAAACGAUUCAUCGUAGUCUUUGUAAAUUUACCACAAUCAUUACAGAUGAAAAGCAAACUGCCUCUAGAAAACAGGAUGGGAAGCGAUCAAAGCAAUCUUCACCAAAGAAAGGAGCUGGUGCGUCUGGAUCACCAAAUGCUACAGCAUCGCAAGGUGCUCCUGCUGCCAAACCCAAACGAUACUCAUCACAGAGGCAGCGAGCAAGUCAGCAAGUCCCCCUGCAGGUACACCAGGCCAUGGCUCCACAGAUGGGUACAAUGUACCCAGACCAAGCUGCUUACUAUGAGCAAAUGUGUGAGUAGGAAAGCUACUGAGUAGUACUUUCAUGUUGUACAAGGUGAUUCUAACUUUGUCUGCAGAUAAAAUCCUAGUUUUUGACCUUUGAUAUGAAAGUUACUGAGCAGUACUUCCAUGUGGUUCCUCUUUUUCUGUGUUGCACAAGAUGGUUGUUAAGGACGUCAUUUACUAUGUAUGGUCUUAAAAGUGAUUGAUUUGUCACUUUCAGCCUUUCAGGGUGUUUAUGUACCUGCGGGAACUCCACCAACACAACCUGUUCCCAUGCCAGUUAUUCCACAGCAACCGGAUGUCAUUCUGCGGCAAGAAAUGGCAGUAGCCCCAGGUGCUAAUUAGCUUAUAUUAAUUUUUACCGUUUUGCCUCGAUAGCCUUGAGAAAUAAAGAAAAAGGCAGUUAAAACCAAUCUGAUUUAUCACUCUAUAAAAUUUCUCAGCAGAACAGCCUGAAAUGCCUGCUGGGAUACCAAUGGCUGGGCCAGGUCCUCAACCAAUGGGGGCUCUCCAGCAUGAGAGCAUGAUACAACAGCUUGCUGCCCUUCAACAAGGGGCUUUGCCUGUUCAGCAAGGAAUGGGCUCAGAGGGAGUAUCACCCCAAAGAGUUCCUCAGCCCGGAAUGAGCCCCCAACAACAACAGGCUUUGGCUACUCAUUUACAGUUACAGGCUCCGCAAGGUGAAGGUUGUGUUUAUUCUACGUGUAUCAAAAACGAACAAAUGAAUGAAGAAUUAAUCCCUUCCCCGAACAACGAACAGAGAGACGUGUAUGCUCUUGUCACGAGCUUGAAACAGAUAAAAAGAAUAAAUUUGAGUGUCCUUGAGGAAUCGAACCUCAGAGCUUAGGAUCCAGCUCUCCAGUGUACUACUGCUGAGCCACGAGAACUCUAUGGUAAACUAGGCUGAUCCGAGCAAUACGCAGGACUCGGGUCAGACAUGAAUCAGCUAAUGGUAGAGGAUCAGAGGGCAGAAUCCAAGGGUCUAAGUACUGGGUGAUUUGUCUUUUAGGAAUGCAAGGUCCGAUGGCUCCGGUACCUCAACCAAAUAUGGUAGCCGCAGGAAUGAGCCCCCAUUCAACAGCAGGAUUUGUCCCGCACCCAAAUUUCCCUGGUGUCCAGUCUUUCCCAGGCCAGAUUUAUACCAAUUCACAGUAAGUUCUUUUGGUAAUUUUGCAUGAAAUUGGUCAUAUUUAGAGGCUUGAGCCGUUAAUGGAAUUUUUCGCGUUUGAACCGUAGCUGACUCGUUCACUCCCCUUACAAUUUCAGAGUCGUUUGAAAUAGAUGAGUUAAAAAAUUGGUAGGAAUUUCCGAUUAGUACUCGGAACUCCUUUUAAACGCCUAAUUUGUUGGCGUAUACCUUGUAAUGAAAAUAACCCGAGAGGGAUCUGGAUCUAUCCAUGGUGCAUCCUAACCUUGCAUUCAUUCAGACAAGCAGUUAGGGUCUAAAGUUUGUUCACUCCUAUCGAAGCGACGUAAUAUUGAUCCUAAACUGUGAAUCCUACAGCUGUGGUUGUUUGUUGAUUGUGUUUGCAGAUAUCCAAUGAUGGGAAUGCCUCCAUUUAUAGGACAACAGGUGAGUUGGUAAAUCGUGAACUAAUUUCUCAUUAGGAUGCACCCCUGAAGGACGGGGUUACUUUAUCAAAAGUGCGAUUGUCUGGGCUCAAAUUCUGCCUGGGUCAGUUUUCUUUUUGCUUUUGUCUUGCACAAGAUAUUUUGCUCUCAGAGCACCUCAUUCCAAUCAGGAGAGGCAAGGCAAUGGCAAACAGUACAAAUCAACUCUGAUUCUACUUUAUUUUCCCAUAAUCGUAACAACUUUGUUGAAAAAUAGCCAAAGGAUCUCUUGUUCAGAACUGAAGUAAAUACUUUCACGUAAGAGUAAAAUCGGCUUAAAGCUGAUGAUGAGAAGUUCAGUUGUAGCCGUUCACCUUCAACUUGGUACUUAACUUCUCUUCUGGAGGGGGGGGGGGAGGUGGAUGGGGAGGAAGGGUAAAACGGUAAGGACUAAAUUCCUUUCCUGGAAAAAAGAGUACCAGUGCAUCGAGUCGCGUACACCCCAGGAACCGUCAGCAGCCAUGCAAGUCAAUUUUGUGUGCAGGCUUAACUUUUUUACCUAAUUACCUCUGUAGAUGUACGGGCUCCAGAUGGCAGGAGGAGGAACAUUUUAUCCUCCACAAGCUGCCAUGGUACAACAACAACAACAGCACUCGCAGCAACAACAGCAACAACAGCCAUCCCAGGGAGAACCGCAACAACAGCAGACAAGACGCCGCCCAAAUGCUGCCAUACCCAUCAAACCCCCGCAAGUAGGUAGCUUCAACUCGAGGUGAACGCGAGAAGAACGAGAGUUAAACGCGAGAUGAACGAGAGUUAAUCGCGAGAUAACGAGAGUUGAACACGAGAUGAACGAGAGUUAAUCGCUAGAUAACGAGAGUUGAACACGAAGUGAACGAGGAUUGAUUGUAAGGUGAACGCGUGUGGAACGCGAGGUGAACGUUGGUAGGAAGCGAGUUUCAAACAAGCUAUAAUCCUCUACCAAGCUGGUCCUCAAACGGGUCUUUUUUUAGAAAUGUUAAAAGUGGUUUUGUUCGACUUGUCUGCCUUAACUCCUUCAUAAUUUCUCUUUUGUUUUCCUUAGGAAAGAACCUGAAUUGUCGUCAACAACACCCUUACUGCGCAAUUAAAUGAAAGUACAGCUCCAAGCCGUGCGUGGAUGGAGAAGGAAAAAUUAGAUCAAGUUAUGAGUCCAGAUGUUCUAAAAGAAGGAAAAGAACAAAUCUUGCUCGAAAAGGGUUCUUUAUUGAUGUUAGACCAUGUACCCAGAUGUGUAAACGAUGAUUUUUUCCGUUGAAGGGAGAUGCAGACGUAAUAGUAGGUCUUGCAUCACGUAAUGUCUUUUUACACCGCAGAACUACUCAGACAGUUGCCGCAAAUGUUUUUCAGGCUUAGGCUUCGAGAAAUAGUUUUAAAAUGAUCAGGUGAUGUGUUAACCCGUCUCACUCUGAAAAAAAAUGGCUUGUCCGUGGUAAUUUUUCCUGACACAUGUCUCGGUUUGUGCUGGGCAAAAAUUUUAGUUCAAAUUUUUUCUAGAAAGGUAUUUGUAAUUUUAACACGUGUACUCUGUAACCCUGUAUCGUCGUUGUUCGGUUAGGUUUAUUUUAAAUUUUACGGCAAUUGGGUACUUUACCAAUGUAAAGGUGGCGGGGCAGGGUGUGUGGGGAAAGUAGGAACUCAAACAAAAUUUUGCGGCCCAGACUCGCCUCACGGUAGGUGGGGAAACUGUUGAACGCGCUGGUUCGGAAAAAUGAUCACUCUCGCGAUCUUCCUUGGUUUAUUGAUACAUCUUACGUCUUUACUAAAAAAAUGGCUCUAUGUUUCGUCGUGAAUCGGUACAGCACGCUCAGUAGGACAUUCUGGGAAAGUUGAUUAGGCGUAAGUGUUUGGUUCGAGAAUCCCAACCCCAGGGGUAUGUGCAUGGUUUGAGACUCCCACUCCCUCUCUCACGUUCCAAUAUGCUCUGUCGCUUCGGAAAGAUGAAGACCUAAUAAGCAUAUUGUAAAUUGUAGUAAAUAUCCUCUCCGGCCUUAACACUGACUUAACAACGUAAAAUUGCAUCGUACUUUGUGGGUGCCGUGCCUUGAAUUGUUCACAUUACUAUUAAGCUCUAAUUAUAAUAUAUUUCACCCGAGCGAAUGUUAUUCACCUUCAGCAUCAUCACAAGGAGAUAACUAUGAGUGACCCAGAGAGAAUUUCUCCUUACAAUAGCAAUACAUUAUGAAGCAUAGAAGUGAUGAGAAUAAAGAAAAGUAUCAGUUUGGGGAUUAUUAGUUGAUCCAAUACCAAAUUCUCCAAAUUGACAUCGUAAGAAUUAUAUGGUAGACAGUAAGGAGAAUUCCAAAUGAGAUCUUAGGAGUUACAUGGUUUAAAGAAGCAUUUACAGUGUCAAGUUGUCUCAGGCAAUUUUCCUUGGCGAAGUAGAUGAAAAAAAUUUUACACAGUUUGGCAAAUUUUCUCGGUCAAAAACUUACUCGCAAGGGUUUUACCUCGAAGAUUUGUUAGCAAAAUGCUUUUUUCAAACACGAUUUUUUAAAAUCCAGAUGACUAAACAUAAGCACUUUAUGAACAUCAAGACUAUACCCAGCAAGGUUUGCUUUCUUUAAAGAUUUUCUUUGCUAAUUUAUACGACGAACAAUCUUGUUGUAAGUAACCUGCUGGAGCUAAUGAGACUAAUAUGAAUUUAAUUCAUUAUUUGAUUAAGUGAAGUUUAGUUCGAUCUUUUCAAAGACCAACAUGACAUUCCUCAAGGUUACUUUUAAUAACUAGAACAUUUGUGUAAGAUUGGUGAUGAUUGUGCUCUUAUUUGUAUUGGUGUUACGUUAAGCUUUUACUUGUAAUAAAAUAGUCUGAACACGAACUUGUAGAAG